AUUCCCCGUAGCCUCACCAAAUUCUCUCUCAUCUUUUUUAGCUUACUUUUCUCUCUCUUAAAAAAUCCCCUCUCACCUUUCCCAUUUUUGCUCCCUCACAUUUGACUAGUUUUAGGGUUUGUUCUUCAUCAUCCCAUAUCAAACCUCACAAAAUUUUGAAUUGCACAGUUUGUUGUUUGGUAAUUGAUUCAGACAAAUCCAAAAACUCUUUUUUCCGAAGAGCUCUCGAGAUCAGUCGAAGCUGCAAGAACCAUUGUUGUCAGGAAUAUAUAGUAAAACCUGGUUAAGCUAAAAAUUUGAAAUAUAAGAUGGGCUGUUUCACAGUUUUGAAGAGUAAGAAGAAAAAACCCGAGCAGAGUAGUCACGUCACACGUGUCAACCCUCAGGAACAUUCACCAACUACAUUACCCGAACCACACAUCCCAACCCGUGCUUUGCAAUCUGCACCCCCUAGUUUUAGGACCCGAGUGAAACCAGUUCAGCCAAUAAACAGAGUAACAAACAGUAGAACAAGGGCAUUGUCUGCCCCGUCUUAUCUCAACGCAGCAGAACAAGAUGCUCUUUCAUCAAUUGAAUGCGAGGUACAAGAAGAGUCCAAGAGUCGGAUUGGAUCGAUGAAGGAACAUCGGUCCCCAAGUCCACAACCACUUCCUCUUCCAUCUCAAAUUCAGAUUCAGAGUUCCUCUGUUCUGAAGACUAUGGGAAGCUUUAAAUCCAUGACUGCCAGUGGCCCGCUCAAUGCUUCUGGACCAUUGCCACUGCCUCCUUCAGGAACACUACGGAAUUUUUCAUAUGAAGAAAUUUUAUCUGCUUGCCAUCAUUUCUCUCCAGAACGAUGUAUGUCAGAAGGUCUUUCUUCCGUGAUAUAUAGAGCUUCCUUCGGGGAUGAUAAAAAACUUGAAGCCACUGUUACUCGCCUUCACCCCUCCACACAGGGUUUGAGGGAAUUUGUGAAUGAGGUGAACACUCUUGCAUCUUUGCAACAUCCUAACCUCUGUAAGUUGAUCGGUUUCCAUGCACGUGAGGGAUCAGAACAAAGGAUGUUGGUUUAUGAGAGGCUUUUCCAUGGUAGCUUGGACCGGCUUUUUGGGAGAUCGGAAGGUACCCCUAUCAAUUGGAAUGCCCGAAUGAAAAUUGCUCUAUGUGCCGCACAAGGUCUCACAUUCUUGCACGAGGAAGGGCCUUUCCAGGCAAUGUUCAAUGAAUUUUCAACUGCCAAUAUACAGAUUGAUAAAGAUUUUAGUGCAAAGCUUUCAGGAUAUGGUUGCAUUAACCACAUCCCGGAGAUUGAGAUCUCCAACAGUUCAGUUGCAUUGGCAAAUCUGUCAGUGGAGACGGUGGAGAGAGGGCUGCUCACCCCGAAGAGCAAUGUUUGGUGUUUUGGUAUUGUGCUUCUUGAAUUACUCACUGGCAGGAAGAAUCGUGAUAGCCGUCAUCCAAAGGAAGAGAGGAACUUGGUUAAGUGGAGCCGACCUUUCUUGGCCGAUGAUUGUAGACUAUCACUGAUCAUGGACCCUCAGCUAAAAGGCCGAUUCCCAGCAAAAGCAACUAGAACAGUAGCUGACAUAGCUCAAAGAUGUCUUCAAAACGAUCCAUCAGAAAGGCCCACGAUGAGAAUCGUCGUUGAGCAUCUGAAAACAAUACAAGACAUGAAGUAUUCAUGCUUGUUUCCAUUGCAAGAGCCGGGAACAGUUGCCGGUAAACAUAUGUCUAGAUCCCCGAGCCUGAAUGGCAUUGUUACCCCACCUCCCAAGUCAAGUUUAUCUCCAUCUCCGACGACACAAAGACCAUCUAUUUCUCCAACAAGGCCACCUCCAUUGCCGAUGUCUCUACCUCCCCGAACGUGCUCCUCCACGUUCUGUUUGGAGGUAAUUGAUCGGCAAGAAAGCCGGAAAUCGUCAUCGUCGUCGGUUCGAAGGACUAGUGUUGAAGGAUUUUGAUUGUUGAUAUGGAAUUUUUUUCUUUCUUUUUUGUGGUUGAUUAUGCUUGAUAUAUAGAAGAUAAAGAUAUGGUUUUUUUCCACCUUCCCAUGCCUUGGGAAGAUAAUAUGGGGGAAAUGAUAUUUUUGUAGAUAAAUUCUGUCUUAGCUUGAAUUCAAUUAGUUUAAUUAGUUUUCCCCCUAUCCAGAAUACUGCUGAGAGAUCUUUCUCCCCACUUUUUAUUUUUAUUUUCUGGGAACUCUUAUUUUUCUAUAAGAGGAUUAUUCCCAGUGUGUAGCUCAUUAUCAUUGGACAAAGAGAGUAAAACGACCCCUUGUGUCAAGUUUAGUCUCCAAGUUAGCGGUCUUCAACCGACUUCUAUUUUGAAUUAAAGGUGUAGACUUUUUGUCAUGCGAUAAUUUCAAAUUCGUCUUCAACUUCAA